AUGGCCAGCGACGAGGACUACAUGGCGUUUUUGAACAAGGCGAACCAGGACACUGGUGGUGCGACGACGCAGAGCAGCAGCAAGGUGGCACUCAAGGCCAAGGACGAAGGCAGUGAGGUGCCAAAGGAGAUCACCAAGGUGUGCCGCGAUGCUGUGUAUACCAGCGAUGCGGACGAGCCGUUUGAGGAGGUUUCCCUGAAGUGGGAUGGCAAGGAUAGACUGCCAACUGAGUCCGAGUUCGCAACCCUCAUAAACCACCCUUCCCCCUCCGAAGCGGAGAUUUCGAUCCUCGAUCCUCUCUCCUGGGACUCAAAGGGCCAAUACACUGACGUGCUGGAGGCCGUGCGACAGGCGACGGCUGGCAACGACGUGCGGGUGUACCGCGUGGUUCGUGAUGCGACCAGGGUCGAGUACUGGCUGGUUUCGUCCAAGGACGGGAGGCUCGUGGGAGCUAAGGCUUUGGGCGUGGAGAGCUAA